AUGGUUUCUUCUUUAAACCAAAACAGUACUGCUAAUGGAAUUAAAGAAGAUGUUGUUGUGGUGAUGGUACCUUUUCUAUUACAAGGACAUCUCAAUCAACUUCUCCAUAUCUCUCGACUUGUUUCUUCCUACAAUGUACCUAUCUAUUAUCUUUGCUAUAGUGACAAAAUUAAGCAGGUUAAGUGUCGCGUUCAUGGUUGGGAUCCUCUUACCACUUGUAACAUCCAUUUCCAUGAAUUCCCAAAUCCACCAUCUCGCGAUCAAUACUAUUGUUCUUCAAAUGAAAUGGAAUCGCAAAAAUUCAUACUACCCCUCCUUGAGGAAUCCCUUAUGUUGCGCGACCCUGUGGGUGCAUUCUUACAAGAGGUAUCCAGAAGAACACACAGGGUGGUGGUCAUUUAUGACUCCUUGAUGACUAGCGUUGUUCACGACGCGGUAGUUUCUAUACCAAAUGCAGAGGCCUAUAGUUUCCAUGCCUCGUCUGCUUUUAUGAUAAGUUCCAUGUAUUUGGAAGAGGAAAUAAUACGACACCACCUUCCCUUGUUCAUUGGCAAAUUUGUCGCGAAACUUCUACUCCCUAGUGGAGUUGAAUUUCCCAAUAACCUUCCGUCCUAUCAGACUAGUUUCAUCCCCGAGUUUAUGGACUACAUUACAAUGCAACACUUUAACAGUACUGUUUGCUCUGGAAACCUCUACUCCACAUGCAAGGCGGUUGAGGGAGCUUAUCUCAAUGCUCUUGCAAGGUUCCAUAGGUUACUUAGAAGAGGCGGCAAAGAAUGGGCUAUUGGUCCAUUACAUCCAAUCGCGACAAUUGAUGAUGAUCAAAACAAUGUCAGUCGUCACAAGUGUUUGGAAUGGCUAGAUGAACAAGAACCAAACUCUGUUAUAUUAGUGUCAUUUGGAACAACUACUUCCUUAUCCACAGAGCAAAUCAAAGAGCUCGCUAUAGGGUUGGAAAAGAGUCAACAAAAGUUCAUUUGGAUAUUGAGUGACGCGUUGUUACAAGUAGGUGAACAAGUCCAAAUUCCCAAAGGUUACAUAGAGAGAGUAGAAGGAAGAGGAGUCGUGGUGAAAGAUUGGGCACCCCAAUUGGAAAUCUUGGGUCACUCAUCAACAGGAGGAUUCUUGAGUCACUGUGGUUGGAAUUCUGUCUUGGAGAGCAUCACCAUGGGUGUUCCAUUAGCCACAUGGCCUAUGGUUUUUGACCAUCCGAGGAUUGCAGUGCUCGUCACAAAGGUGCUCAAUAUUGGCAUCACUGUGAAGGAUUGGGAACAACGUGAUGAGUUAAUUACAUCCACAACUAUUGAAACCGCGCUAAAAAAAUUGAUGGCUUCCCCGGAAGGAAAUGAGGUGAGGAAGAACGUGGUAGAAUUGGGUAAAAAAGUUAGAGAAUCCGUUGCUGUUGGUGGCGAUUCUAAAAGGGAUUUGGAUUCUUUUAUAGCUCACAUUACCAGAUCCUAG